ACCGUGCAGCCUCCAUGCUCCAGUUGGGACAAGCACUCUGAGCCGAACUGAGAACCCAACAAAUCCUCUCCAUCGGCGGACCAGAAGAGCAGACUACAGGGUGGUCGCACACCCAUGACAAGAGCCCAAGCUAAUCUCUACCGGAUCACUUUAUAACGUGCUGACAAGAUGAGGGCAUUCAGCAUUGCAGUUGCAGUGACACUCGUGCUGGCCUUUGUUUGCAUUGUGCAGAGCUCGGCACUUCCAUUCGCCGGGGUGCCAGAGCCGGAGGAAGCGGGGAGCAAUGACACUCCAGUCGUGGUGCAUCCCGACAUGUCAGAGCAGUUGUGGAUGAUGCCGGGACAUGUCCGCGAGAAACGCCAGAGCCACCUGUCAAUGUGCCGCUGGUGUUGCAACUGCUGCCGCGGCAACAAAGGCUGCGGCUUCUGCUGCAAGUUCUGACCAUGUGCACUUAUUUAUAGGCAAUACUCUUUGUUUGUAAUAUUUAGUUGCACUCGCAAAAUAUAAUGCGAAAUAUAUAUUUUUUGUAUUUAUUUUUGUAUGUAGCUGCUAUGUUGAAUAAUAAAAUGUUCUGCAUUGA